AGUUGUAGUCGUUUUCAAAUAAUAAUCCAUAUAUAGUGUCUAAUUGAGUUUUGGCCUAAUGUCCGGCUGACACGGCCAAUGGAUCUGAGGCUUUUCCCGCCCCCCUCCGCGACUCCCGAGCGAACAUGUGCCCCCUAACGCCCGUCGAGCUGCUGUCCACGAUUAUCCUCGAAAAGCGAAAACUGCGCCCUCCAACCAAGCGGAAAAAGCUUCGCAAAUAGCCAACUAAGAAAAAGUUAAUAAUAUUAAUCGGCAAUACGUUUUCCACUACGUCAUUCAUUUUCCGGAGGUUUCAGUUCGAUGGAAAGUGUCGCUCAAUCCA